AUGAAACUUACAAGAAUACAUGUUAGUUACUUCAUAUGCCUAUUUCUUUUCAAAAUGGUUGCUUCAACCACUACUACGGCAGUGACUACUGGUAAUUUACCUCAACUGACAACCGAUACAUCAACAAGUUCUACGGCAGCUACUAUUACGUCGACCAAUUCUACAACAACAACUAAUUCUACAGCGCUACCAGCUCUGGUCUUGUCGAGUGCCUAUACAAAUUCCACAUCUUAUGGCAACAUUACUACUACAUUCUUAUCCUCCUCGACAUUUUCAUCCAUUAAUAUUACUACACCGAUCUCCAUCCCAAACACAACAAAUAAUCCACAUAUCUAUCAUACAAACUAUGUCGAUGGUACUGUUUUCAUAAUAUGUGGCGCCGCAAUUGGUGGUACAAUCGGCACGUUAGUGCUCUUAUGGGUUAUACUAUCAAUUAAAGCAUGGAGUACAGCUCGUGAUGAGAAAGUUAGAGACCUUGAAUCUAAGUAUCAAAAUGUAUCAUACUUCGGGAACAAUUCAGACGUAUCAUACUUUGAUUCGUCAAGUGAUGACGAUGUAUCUGAAAAAUACUUAAAGGACACGAGGCAUAGUAUCUACUCCUCCAACCUUUUGAAUGACACCAUGGAUGAUAGGGUCUCGAUGUUUAUUUCGCCCAUGGAAAGGUUAGCAAACCACCAUGAUGGCGGUGUGGCCUCAGUCUUCCCGUCAUCUAAUGAACACUUGCCGACCGCGGACGACAGAAUAUCGAUGUUUAUUUCACCCACCGAGCAUUUAGCUCUCAAUAGACGUAAUAGCAACAGCACAUUAAACUUACUGGAUAAUCCAUUCUAUGAUAGCGCAGUUUAUUUACCAACUUCAAAUAACGAUGCUAAUGGAAGAAAAUUCAGGCCACCGAGCUGUCAUUUAGACGAUUUAUUAGAUAACAAGGAGUGA